AUUGGCAACAUAACCUUGACCCAUCAAAACUCAACGGUCGCCAGACUCGUCUACCGGUGUGGUAUUUCCUCCUCCGGCUAAAGUCACUAUCACUUACUCAUACUCUUAUCGCACGUAAUCAAUCACUUGAAAAAAUAAGGAAAUUUUUAAAAAUAUGGCUCGUAUAAUGGCGACGAAAGAAACAGUGGAGAAGGCAUUGAGGGACGAGAGUAAACCCUGGACUAAAUUAUUCGCAAUGGCAGAGGCUAAAACAGGUGUUGACAGGCUUUACAUCUUAGGAGCAUCUGUUGCGUUGCUGGCACUGUACUUGGUGUUUGGACUUGGUCAACAACUUGUCUGCAAUAUCAUUGGAUUUUUCUACCCAGCUUAUUGCUCAAUGAAAGCAUUGGAGACACCAAAGAAGGAUGAUGAUACGAAAUGGUUGACUUACUGGGUUGUAUUCGCUGUAUUCACGAUUAUUGAAUUCUUCUCAGAUUUCAUCGUUGGGUGGUUCCCUGUUUAUUGGCUGUUCAAGUGUGUUUUCUACGUCUGGCUGAUGGCCCCAAUAGAUUACAAUGGAUCCCUCAUCAUUUACCAUCGUUUCAUCAGACCAAAAUUCAUUCAAUACCAGCCACAGGUCGAUAACAUCAUGACAAAUGCCCGUGAUGCCGCGGUGAAGGCAGCUGCUGAUGUCCUAUCGCAUGAGAAGAAUAAUUAAUGAAUAAUUAAAGAACAAUAAGUGAAUAGGUUGCCAUUUUUUCCCAAUAAAAAUGUGACUUGAAAUUUUUUAAAACCAACUUUAAUCAAGAGUUCCAACGUGUGCAUCAACGUGAGAAAAAGUAUUAACAAGCUCGCACAAUUUGCCUUCUCAAUUCUUAAAUCAUAUUUUUCUUCAAUAAAUAAUUACAACCAAAUUAAAAAAAAAGAAUGAAUAGAAACGAAAAAAAUUUAUAUAUAUUCAUCAGUUCACGCAGGAUUUGAGGGAAGACCCAUCGACCAAGAAUCAAUCAGUCCUAGAUCGUGUUUGUCAGCACCUAAACUCAUGAUGAGACCAGAGAGAUCGCCCUGGUGGCCGCGUCCUCGCAUUGCAUGCACAAUUUUAGCGAUACUAGAUAACAUAUUGAAAAGAACAAAAAAUGAUAAAUUAAUUAUGUUAUGAUUCAUCGUUGAAAUUGUAUAAUAAUUGUGAUGUUAAAGAAUAUGCCUUACUUCGCCCAUUCCUCCUGGAGAGCAAUAAAUUGUGCUCGUAAUACAUUGUGCUCGAGUUUCUCAUUGUAAAUAUAUUUUUCGAGUUUA